AUGGCUUAACGCGUACGGAGGUUUCUUAUCAUUUCCGGUAUCAGUCUGAAGCAGGACGACGUUGACAAAUUGACAUGAAAUCCACAUUUUCGCGGGGGUCAUGUUUGUUAAAUAUGGCAUAAUGUAUUAGAAAUAAUAUAGAUAGCAUAACGACGCUGUAUUGUAUCGCGAGUUACCCCUUGUCAUUUUUCACGCGCAAAAGCUAAAGCUAGCAUGCGGCGAGCAGCUGGAAUACAGUAAAGAGACAGCCGAGCCGCACACACUUUUUAGUCCGAGCUAUCGAGUCAGUCAUGGCCACUCGGCGUCUGACAGAUGCCUUCUUGUUAAUGCGGAACAAUGCGAUCCAAAACCGGCAGAUAUUGGCUGAGCAAGUGAGUACAAACGACCCCCGUCUGAGUACACGUAGCAAUGCUGCGGAGCUUGAUGAGUUGGCUGACGAUCGGAUGGCGUUGGUGUCAGGAAUCAGUCUGGAUCCUGAAGCGGCUAUCGGCGUCACCAGGAAGUUGCCUCCCAAAUGGAUAGAGGGCAUCGAUGAGAUUCAGUAUCAAAUCUCACGGGUUCGUCAGAAGAUGAAGGACCUGGCUUUGCUUCACGACAAGCAUAUGAAUCGACCCACACUGGAUGACAGUAGUGAAGAAGAGCAUGCCAUAGAAAUCACAACACAGGAGAUCACACAGAUCUUCCACCGAUGUCAGCGAGCCGUAACGGCCCUGCAGUCGCGCUGCGGCCACUGCACCGAGCAGGAGCAGAGACUACUGAGAAACGUGGUCUCGUCACUGGCGCAGAGUCUGCAGGAGCUGUCCAUCAAUUUCAGGCACACACAGUCCAGCUACUUAAAACGUAUGAAGAAUCGUGAGGAGCGAUCAAAGCACUUUUUUGACUCAGGACCGUUAAUGGAAGAGGAUGAAGAGCUAGCUGUGUAUGACAAGGGCUUUACAGAUGACCAGUUAAUGCUGGUGGAACAGAACACAGUCAUGGUGGAAGAGCGAGAGCGGGAGAUCAGACAAAUAGUUCAGUCCAUCUCGGAUCUGAAUGAGAUUUUCCGGGAUUUGGCCGGAAUGGUGGUGGAGCAGGGCACCGUUCUUGACAGAAUCGACUUCAAUGUGGAGCAAGCGUGUGUCAAAACAGACGAUGGCUUGAAACAGUUACAAAAGGCAGAGCAGUACCAGAAGAAAAACAGGAAGAUGCUGGUCAUUUUGAUCCUCUUUGUCAUAGUCAUCAUUCUAAUUAUUAUUCUUUUUUCAACCAAGUUUUAAUAUUGCAUUCCUUUUGCUCCUCUGUGAGUGUUUGUUGUGGACCUCUGCUCAAAACCAAGUUGACAGCCUUUCACACCAAGCAGCAAAAUGAAAAUCCACGUCUGUUUUCUGGUGUGCUUUGGGCUGUACCAAGAUUUUUAUUUUAUUUUUAUUUUUUUUAAAUCAAAGACACAAUCAACAGUAUGAUUGAGCUGAGGCGGAUUUAUGUGACUCACACCUAAUUGUCUAGGCCUAUACUUGACCGUGUUGGUAUAUCUAUCUUUCUCAAGAGAAAACACUUUACAGCAUACAUAACUGGACAAGCAUGUGUAUUGUUGAAAUAGUGCUCUCUCCUUUUUUUCAAUGUGCAAAUGGGGUGAAAAUACUUAGAAAAGCAGUGUUUUAUUGUUAAAGGCUGUGAGAGCAGCACCAAGCAUUACAACAGCCAUUCACUACAAAAAUAUUCUACAGUGUAAGGACAGCAUUUUGAUCAUUUAAACCUUUUCGGUUCUGAUUUCAUGAUACUACUGAAGCGGUUGAAGUACUGCUGCUUGCCUGAGGGGGUUAGGCAGCUGGCUCCCUGAUCCAUCCCAUCAUUUUAAAAUCACCUAUUUGUCAUCCAAAUGUUUUUUGUUUGUUAUUUUAAAUGUCUUUUGUUUGUUUCAUGGUCCUUGCAUUAAGUGCUACCUUUUUUUUAACUGCAGUUUGCACAUACUUGAGGCCUGAGCAAGACGGUGUUAUGGAUGUAAUACUACUGUCAUCUGUAUGAUAAAAAGAAUUAUUUAUUUAAAAAAAAAAAAACUACAAAUGAUCGAGGAGC